ACCCCCUCUCACCUGUCGGUUCCGAGGUAAACCAUGGGUAAACGCAUUCCGUGGAACUUGUUGUGUUGAAAUAAACAAAUGAAUGUUUUAGGGCGUUGAGCUUCACCUGUACAGGUGUCAGGGGGUGUGAAGAGCUCAUGAAGUUUUUGUAGCUCGAUUUAAGAUGGAAUCAAAUCACUCACCUCAACUUGAAGCAGGUGAAUCAGCUGCAGCUGCCCCUGUACCUCUCAACACUCACAAAGUUGCUCCCCAAGAAAGUUCACCCAAACCUGGAGGUUGGGUCAAGUUUGAGGAUGAAUCUGGCUCAAAUAAAAUUGAAGAAGUGGUAGCUGCUGAUGGCUCAGCAACUACCCCUAAGCGAGUAGUCAGACCUCGUCCUGAAGACUUCAGCCCUGUACCAGAUCAAGAAAAUGCUAAUAGAACAAACCAGGCGGCAGUUGCAGCUGUCAUAAAUGCAGAGACAACUCAUGUUAAUGUUAGCCGCAGUAGCGUAAGCCGGUCACCUGCCAAACCUGUAGAUACAAAAGUUGACUUGCACACUGUGAAUUUACGUGAAACUAAUGGAACUACCUCUGUAAAUACCACUGUUGGCACAAUACGUCAAGGCUUUGCAAACGGUGACAUCAUAGUGACCCUGCUCCCAGUGAACACAAGAUUCCCUUGGAUUACACCUGCACAAUUUCGACCAGAAUUGGUCCCUGAAGAACUAAUGGCUCAAGGCCUAACAUUGACAGUUGAAGAUUAUGUUCACAUCAUGGAAUUGCUUACCAAUGAUGUACGAUUUCAUGCUUACAACAUAUGCUAUAAGCGUAUUUUGGUUGUAUGGAUUUUAACAGCUUUCAUUGUUUUGUUGUCUCUGCUUUUCUCUGGUGUCACGGGUCUUACUCUGUUUGGACUUGGAGUCAUGUGGCUUGUUCUAAAUGCUGCUGCAAUAUUUUUGUGUAUGUGGGUAAAGAUAAAGCUAAAUUACAAUUUGGAACGCUGUAUGGCAGCUGUAAACAAGAAUUUACUUCGUCACAAAAUAAUAUUGGGGCUCGACGACAGAGGGAAAUUGUCAUGUCAUAAAGUGAAUUUAUGCUUCAUAUACUUCGAUACUACUGACUGCAUUAAAAAAUUGCAAGAGGUAAUUGAAAAAGAAGAGCGUGAAGGUCGUCCUGUGAACCGAGAGGAAACAACAGAGGAGCGUAGGCAAAGACUGCAAUUUCAGCAAAGGAUGGAUAUUGAGGACAAUGAUAUCAUCAUUCAAGGCAGCCAAACAACAAGAGUCUCGAGGAAACAGGAACGUGCAGAGUUGGUGCUCCUCCGCUACUCAUCCCGAUGGGUGAAACAACUCGUGAGGCGUCGCCUGGACCUGUCCGUGGAUGUCUCGGAGAGAACUGGUGCAACUUUCCCUCCACCUCCUCCUCGUCACUGUGCAACAUCGCGCUGCCCGUGCCAGUUCAUUGAGGAACAUCUCAAGUAUAAACCCAGAGCCAAUUUUCGGAAAUUGCUGGUGUCCUUAAUCCGAGCCUAGAGUGAGUAAGGUCCAUGACAUUAACACAUAUUCCCACUGAGGAAUGCAAAUAACUUUCAAAUUGACACAUUUGCUUACACUAUCUGCACAUUGUUGCUUAUUUGUUCACCUCUCCUGGCACCUUCCACUACACAAUCUCUCUAAUGGAUUUGGUGGCUUUGGAAAUUAAGUGUUUCUCCCAUUUCCAGGACUUGUACAUAGAAAAAGAGCACAUACAAGAAUAUUUCAUCAAUGGUACAGUUAAGCUUGUCAGUACAGAAUUAUUUUUCCACUAUCACUUGGUUUAAUAACAGAAACAAAUCAAUUUUGUCUAUAUCAUCAAACUUUUCAUAGUAACACUAUAGUGUGCACCUCUGUAAGUAAUUUUACCAACUUUGCACUAGAUAAAGCUUGUGAACCUGCCGCUCUUCACCUAUCCUGAAGUACCUAUGUAGGGGUGCAGUGGUUUUAUGCGGGGAAGACGGUGCUGAGCUUGGUAAAAUCUCUAUUGGGUAAGUUGGCCUCUUUUUUCCUCUUUGCAAUCAUCCUCUCUGUGAUAUAGAUUUGUUUUACUAAUCUACUAACUGAUCCUUCAUAUGUUAAAGGGUGUGCAAUGGUUAGAGGGGAAUGGGAGCAAUUCCACAUUUUCAACAGAGUGUACCUUAGUUCAUUGUAAAGGCAACUCAUCCUGAAUCCUCUGCAGACAUUUGAAUUUGCUUGUUUUGUUGUUCCUCACAAACUCUGUUCUGUUAGGGCAUCAAUUUCAUUUUUCACAGUCCAGAAAAUAACCUUUGAUAGGUUCUAAAUUCCAAAUACACGUGUUCCUUCAAAACUCUAAGCAUUUUUGCUUUGUUUUCAGUUUAUCUAAUUGGAAUACUAAAGAUCAUGUAAUGUGUACCUUUUUCCAGAGGCCUGUAGUAUCUGCGCAGUCAUGGGAGAACCCAACUACAUAAUUUACUGAUCAUCUCAGGAACUUCAGACAGAAUUUUAACGGCUGAAGUUUUAACUGUUUUCAACACAAGUAUAUCUUCUUUCUCUAUUAAAGCAGUUUAUGCUAUUGUUUUUGUGUUAUGCUAUAUCCCAAUGCAUGUUCAUACUCUGUACUCGCCUUUUCAUCCAUUGUAUUCUGUAUAUGCAAAUCCUAUGUAAUCAAAUUUAUGGUAGUAAGAUAGGGACAAUUGAGAUUGUUCAGUGUGGAAACCGUCCAGUGUCAUAAGUAGAUAUUGUUAUUUUGAUGUUGUGAAGUAAUUGAAUAUCUCUAAGUAUAUCAUUAGUGUUUCAAUAACUGUUAGACUUUAUUGUUUUUGUAUAGGAGGAAUCCGGUAGCAUCUUAUGUCUUGUGAAGGGGCACAUAGUUGUAACUUCAACCAUUACAAGUACUUGCAAUUUUAUUGUUGUUUUAAAGUUGAAAUGUUUUAAGUAUCAAUGUUAAUUCUUAUUUGCUAGAAUGCAAUUCUCACCUUGCUUGAAAUGUAUAAUACCAACAUGAUUAAUAAGUGCCAUUUAUUGAGGAACUGGGUAUUUAUCUGAAGCUGGUUUAAUUGCCGUGAGAUUCGUUUCAAAUAAAGAUGUAUGGUCUAUCCUUAAAGAUGACAAGAAAAGGAAACUGACUGAAACUUUACCAGCCAAUUUCUAGCUUGUAUUCUGCUAAUAAAAGGAAAGCUUUAUUUAUUGUAAGCAGUUCUAUCAUAAUUAUGGAUUUAUCAUAAUUGAGACUAUUGAUUGUCAGAUUAUGGUUAUCCCAUCUAAAAGGAUUGCAAGAUUUUCCAAAGGCACCUUUAUAAAUUUAUUUCCUAUCUAGUUUGAAAUAUUUCUUGUUGCCAAUACUAAUCUUUUAUAUUUCCGCAAGAAAAUUUGCUGUCAAUGGUAUAGUUUGGUAUCUUGAUGGCCUGGAGUAAGAUUGUUGUAUUGUCUAUCCCAGGGAGCUAAAGUCUACAAAUUCAAAAAGUUGUGCAUCCACACCUACAUGCCUUAAAGUUUUGUUCAAAACAUUUUAUCCACCUGGUAUGCAUAACUUUGAAGCACUCAAUAAAAUCCUUUUCAAACUAAAA